AUGGUUAUGGAGAGUUUGGGGUUGGAGAAGUCCAUUGAGGAGCAGAAUGAAUCAUCAAAUUAUGUACUCAUUAUCAACAAGUAUAGAAAACCUACAAGGGAUGAGAGUGGAAUUGGAUUAGCUCCACACAAAGAUAAAAACAUUCUAACUAUUGUAUUCCAGAUUCAAGUAAAUGGAUUGCACAUGCAGAGGAAGAAUGGGCAGUGGGUUGAUGUUGAGUUCUCACCUAAUUCUUUUCUAGUCCUUAUUGGAGAUGUUUUUGAGGAUCAAGAAAGGUUCUCUAUAGGACUUUUUACAUUUCCCAAAGAAGGCUAUCUUGUGAAGCCCCCAGAAGAGCUUGUAGAUGAAGAGCACCCUUUGGUUUACAAGCCAUUUGAUGGUAUUAAAUAUGUUCAAUUCUUUAAAUCAGAGGCUGGACAAAAAGCAGGCCAUGGUAGUCUCAAGGCUUAUUGUGGUGUUUGA